CGGGGGUUGGCGGAUAUAUAUAUAUAUAUAUAUAAUCAACAUUUUACAUGAUGGUUACCACAGGUGAUUCAAAGAUUAAGAAACGAUUGGAGGCAUUAACCCUUGCAAUUGCUUUCAGGCGCUAGUCCUUUUUCCCAUCUUGUUUCGGGCAUCGAGUUGUCCUUUUUCUCGGAUCCAAUCGCUUUCGAGUCGGGGAGGUCAUCACCCUCCGGAUCAGAGAUCCGCAUGGAAAAGCCACGGACAUUCAACUUGACUCUUCCCUUUGAAUCACGCAGGCGGGUUUUGCUGAAGAUAGGGUGUUGUAGAACCGAUUUGGCGGGGUUCGCCAAUCAUUUGGAGGGUGUUGUAGAAAAGGAUUUCCGAAGCCAAGCUGUUCUCUCCCUGCACUGUCCCACCCAUUUUUUGUUGGAAGAUGGUGCAAAGUGAACACCUCGUUUUUCCUUCCUUGGUAGGCUCUUGGCCCCUUUGGUUAAUUCGGGAUUUGCUACCAACCCCCUAGAGGUUGAAACCUUAGCAGAAUAUCUAAAAACAGGCAAGACACCCAUACCCAUGCCUAUGUGUCUCUGUGCUGAGAAGACCCAUGUGGCGGCGUGAUCGCCUGCUAUUCGUGUCACAAGAUUGCUGUGGAUUCGCCUUGGCAGAGAUCAAGUCCCUCAUGGAGGCUGGUGCCAGUCGGGUGGAUUUGCGGUCCACGCUCUACGUGGUGGACAUGGUCUUGAAACGGGCUGAAGUCUCUCAAGUGCGUUCGCGUGAUGACCCUUUGGCCGAUCAGAUGCGCCAAAGCUUCCUGCCAUACCUCAGCGACUGGCUGCGGCAGUAUUUGGCAGCCCCACGCAAGCAAUCUUCCCUGCAGAAACUCAGACACCUGGCACAGCGCUGGCGAGAGCAGGGCUAUUUGUCCGUGGAAGCCCUGGCACCGCUGCUGGAUCAGCUUCAGGGCGAUGGAAGCGACUCGCAGGGCGCGCUUCAGGACUCACAAUCUUCCCAAACCUCCGGGCCUGCGGGAGCCUUGCGACCAGGUGCUGAACAGCCGCCCACACGGGGAGAAGACAGCAGAACGUCGCUGAGCCGAACUUCGUUGGGCUCACGAGCUGCGAGUGUUCCAGCCGCUUCGGGCGAACGCCAUGCCGAGACCCCCGUGGCACGGAGGAAGAGUGCUUCAGGCCGUCAAAGUACCCAGCCAAAGCCGCUGGAUGCCCAAGCACGUGAGGAAGCUGCACGCCAAGGCUAUCGGCUCUUUGGGCCAGGCUCCAAGCGCCCACGCUCGCCGCGCUCGCCGCGCUCCUCGUCACCGCCGCCCUCGCGGCGUCUGGUGCUGCCCAGUGGCACCACGGAGACGACCGAGACCGGAGGAGAUGCAUCGCGUGCAUCCGCAUCGCCUGCCACCUCUCCCGGGGUCGCCGCGCAAAGCGCGCAAAGCGCGCAAAGCGCGCCAAGCCCAGCGGCCGCGGCGCCGCCCAUCUGGCCGGUGCUGGGAGACUGCCGUUGCCUCUUCCGCGCCGUGAUCCGUUCCAAAUACCUGGACCCCUGCAACCACUUGGACCGCGACCAGCGCGGCGAGCCAGUGGAGGAGCAGCACAAGACUCAGGAACGAGAGAAGGCCGAUGUGCUGCGGCUGCGGCUGUGCAAUCACCUGCGCGAGCGCAAGGAGGAAGUGCUAGCUUUGCUGGAGCAUCCCCUCAAGACGGUGGAUGAAUACAUUACCGGCCUCGAAGACUGGCGGACCUGGGGCGAUGAGAUUUGUCUGAAGUUUCUUCCAGAUCUCAUCCAGUGUCCAAUCCAAGUCUACUCUUGGAACAAUGAGCAACAAAACUUCUUCGACGCAGGGAUGUACCUUCCAGGCGACAAGGAGAAGCACAAAAAUGCCUGCAUUGUCUUGUGGUACAAUGGCAAGUCGCACUAUGACUUGGUCUCCACGCAGUGGCUGAGGGCAAGAGAGCAGGCCUUGAUCGAGGCCUUGACCUGACGGAUCCAAAUGGAUCUAUUUGGCCAACGGAUAGAUGGAAUCGUUCUCAGAAUGCCCGUGGCGUGUCGAACCUAAC